AAUGUCUCGAUCAACAGACCCAGGACAUUUCUUCCAGACCGAUGCCUCGGAAUCAAUACGGGCUCGCAAGGCAGCCAAAUCUGUAAAUAAAAAUGGCAAUCCUAUUAUCCUACAAUCGAAGAUUCUAAACGUUAUUCCUGACCCUUCCUCCUCGACCUCGAUUUACAUAGCAGAGAGCGUUGGAUGCGUACGCAAAGUCAAUGUCGAAACUAGGGACACGAAGACCAUCUACAAAGGUCCAACUGCACCACUCACAUCAGUAGCAAUUGGCGGUCAAGGAGGAGCUUUUGUGUUCGCAGGAUGUUGGGACAAGGAUAUAUGGAGUUGGGAUAGAGAAAGCAGAACACCGGCCAGGAGGUACAAAGGACAUUCGGACUUUGUGAAAGCGGUAGUAUGCGCAAAGAUAGGGGGCAAGGAUUGCCUCAUAUCCGGUGGUUCAGAUGCAAAGAUCAUGGUGUGGGAUACCGCGACUGGAGAACGUCUUUACACUCUGCGCGAUCAGACGGAUACAAUGAUGGCAGUUCAAGACCUGACUAUUGACCCUGAGGAUUCAACAGACUCGGAAGUUAUCCUCGUAUCCUCAAGUAGCGAUCCACACAUCCGGCGCUGGCGCAUAAGUCUCUCUUCUGCAUCCCAAAUUCUCGAUUCUGCCGAGCAAACUCAGGGUAAACCUACCAGGCAGACGAUUCUUGAGCACGAAACCAGUGUUUAUAAAAUCCUAUUCUCCGGCGAUGACGAUGAGACGGAUCUAUGGACUGCCAGUGCAGAUGGUUCCGCGAAAUGUCUGUCGAGAGCAAGGAAUUGGAGUACGGAAGAGACGUAUGAGCAUGGGGAUUAUGUACGCGCUGUAGUUGUCACUACAGAUUGGGUUGUGACUGCCGGACGAAAUGAAGAUGUGAAGGUUUGGGAUAGAGCGACUGGGAAGCUGUGGCACGUGUACGAAGGGCAUUAUGAAGAAGUCACCGGCCUAGUGGUCUUGGCAGGGGAGAAGAAGGUUGUCAGCGUUAGUAUUGAUGGGACCGUAAGAACGUGGGGAUUGAGCAAGUCCGAUUUAGAGAAGGCGAUAAAGGAGAAGGAGGAGGCAGCGAAAGGGGGCGCCAAGGAGGAUAAAGUGGCGGCGAAGCAGAGUCUAUUAACUGCAGAAGAGGAGGCUGAAUUGGCGGAGCUGAUGGAUUCUGAUGGCGAUUCAGAGUAA